AUGAAAUCAGCUUUUGCCAACUUGGGAUUAGCCCUUCAAUUUUUGACAUUAGCGUCAUCCAUCAACGGUUUGCUGUUGGGUCCUCAGAUCCAGUUACCAGACGGAGACACCAUCACCGGUAACUACGAAACUCUUAACAACCUUGAAUCCUACUUGGGUAUUCCCUUUGCGGCUCCACCUGUCGGCGAUUUGAGAUUCAGACCACCCCAGGCUUACAAUGGAAGCUUGAACGGUUUCCAGGCCCUGACAUACGGUCCAUCAUGUCCUCAAAUGGACCCAACUGCUGGAGGGGCUGCAGUCGUUGGUGCUUUGCCAAAUGACGUUGUGAGCUUGGUGAUGCAAACCCCAUUGUUCGGUGCGAUUCUUCCUCUGGCUGAGGAUUGUUUGACCCUUAAUGUUUACAGAAAGAGGGGCCUCUCCUCUACCGCCAAGUUACCAGUGAUGUUCUGGAUCUUCGGUGGUGGUUUCGAAAUUGGUGGCUCCAGCACCUACACGCCAGAACAGUUGAUGGCGCAGGGUGCCCUCCAGGGACAGGACUUUAUCUACGUCUCUAUCAACUACAGACUCGCUGCCUUUGGGUUUUUGGGAGGCAAGGAGGUCAAGGCCGAGGGUAGUGGUAAUGUUGGGUUGUUGGACCAGAGACUUGCCUUACAGUGGGUGGCUGACAACAUUGCUGCAUUCGGUGGUGACCCAAGCAAGGUUACUAUCUUUGGUGAAUCAGCUGGUGCAAUUUCCGUGGGCCACCAGAUUAUUGGUAACAGCGGUGACAACACCUACAAGGGAAAGCCAUUGUUCAGAGCUGCUAUCAUGCAGUCCGGGUCCGUUCUUCCAACUCAGGACAUUGAUGCGCCAUUCCCACAGCUGAUCUUUGACACCGUCGCCAACGCUGCUGGCUGCGGUACUGCCUCCGACAAGAUGGCGUGCUUGAGAGGUGUUCCUUACUCUGUGAUGUUAGCUGCCUGCAACUCUGUUCCGGCCAUGUUUUCUUACGAGUCCUUGCAAUUAUCCUACAUGCCAAGACCAGAUGGUGGGUUUAUUCCAUACCAACAGAUGCAGAUGGUUGCCGAUGGCAAGUACGCGAGAGUGCCAUACAUCAUCGGUGACCAAGACGAUGAGGGAUCUCUUUUUGCUCUCACCAACUUGAAUGUGACUACUAAUGCUGAAGUGGCGGCGUACAUCGGAAAUGUGUUCCCAGGAAUGUCUUCUUCUCAGAUGACUGAGUUAUUGACUGUGUACCCACAGGAUGUCACUCAAGGCUCCCCAUUCAACACUGGUCUCUUGAAUGCGUUGACACCUGAAAAUAAGAGAAUUGCAGCUUUCCUCGGUGAUGUGGUUUUCCAAGCCCCAAGAAGAUUUUUCUUAAACAACAUGCCAGACGUUACCAGAUACACCUUUGACUCCCAGCAAUUAGAGGGUACCCCAAUUGCCGGUACGUUCCACGCCAAUGACAUCAUCUGGCAAUACUACGUCACUGGUUCUGGGUCUUUGGUUUAUAGAAACGCGUUUAUUGCGUUCGCCAACACCUUGAACCCUAACAGCGGUGGGAUCUAUACCUUAACCAACUGGCCACAGUACCAAAACACCAACGCUUUGGCCAACAACAUGUUGUAUAUCAAUGCCGUGGGUCUUACCACCGGAAAGGAUAACUACAGACAGGCAGCGAUAAGCUUCCUCAACGAGAACUACUUGGACAUUUUGGCCUAA